GCGUUCGGAAUCCGUGCGAAGCGCUCGGUCGGUGGUGUUCGAACGGCGAGAGCCAGCAGCUGAUCCGUUGAGGGACGUUGUUGAGCAGGAGGAGGAACGAGAAAUGAUGCGUAUAUAACUUUAUUUGUGCAAUUUGACAGUUUCCCGUCGAGUGCCGCGCCACCGGUGACCAUAAUGAAAGAAAGGAGUGCGUGCCGUCGCAUCUGGUGAUCGCGAGUCGAGAAAUGCCAAGGGGACUGUCGCUCUAUAACGGCGAAAACGAUGAAAUAGAGGCUUCGGUCGUUCCCGUCGAGAAGACUGACGGAGUGACAGCCGCCGACGGGAGCCGACAGCCGCCCCUGGACAGAGUGACGUCUUCUAUGACGACGAAUGAAAAGGCCGAGAACAGGAUAGCGGCCAUGGCGGUGGAGUUCGACCACAUGUACCUGGGUUGCUCGGAGACCAAGGCCUCCAUCGGCAAAGACAUUGAGGUGCAGCAUCUCAAGGACCUCCUCCUGUUGCAUUUGGACCUCAUUCAGCAGCAGGCCGAGCAGCUGGUGGCCAAGGACAAGCUCAUCAAGAGUCUGCGGGACGAGAACGAACACCUGAGAUCAAGGCUUGAUCGUAUAGACAGACGUGUCUCACUGAGCCUGAACAAAAAGUCCAGUGAAUCCACAAGUGUUGAACUAAAGCAAGAAAUUGUGUCGGAGGAGGACCAACCAGACUCUCAGUUAAAGCAACUAGGCUCUCCAAGUGCCAAAUCAGAUGUCCAAGCAAAUAAAGUCCUCUCUCCUUCCAAUAAAAAUGCUUCUAGUAGUAAAUUGCCCUGUCCAUCCAACAAGAGCUCUCCUUCUAGUAAACCUGCCUCUCCAACAAGCAAAUCUGUUUCUCCAGCCAGUAAGGUUGUGUCUCCAGCAAGUAAGUCUCUCUCUCCCUCAAGUAAGUCUGUUUCUCCAUCAAGCAAACCUGGAUCCCCAAUAAGCAAACCUGGGUCGCCCAUAAGUAAACCAGGCUCUCCAUCAAGUAAACCUGUUACCCCUCAAAGUAAGCCUGGCUCCCCCUUGAAUAAGUCUUCUCCAAGUGCAAAUAAACCUUUAUCUCCCAUAAGUAAAGUUGAUUCUCCUUUAAAUAAGUCUGUAUCUCCAACUAGUAAGUUGCAAAGUCCAAAUAAUAAAGUUGGUUCAUUGAAAAAGUCGCUCUCUCCGCAAUUAAAGGUUGUCUCGCCUUCAGGUAAAGCAAUAUCCCUUAAUAAUAAAACAUCGCCAUCAUUGAAUAAUAAGGUCAGAACAUCUCCGCCCUCAGCAAAACCAACUUCGCCACAACCAAAGACUGUGACGUCACUUCCUGACGAGGAAGCUGAAUCACCCCCAGUGAGCACAGUUGAUGGAACUAGUAGUGUGGAAUCAUCCAGCCCUAGAAGCGGCGGACCUUCUAGACUCAAUAGAAAAUCUUCCUCGCGGCCAGUGGUGCAGAAGGCUUUGCUGAGGGAAAAACGACAGAGAAAUACUUCUCAGAGUCAGAGUAGUGAAAAUGAGACAGAAGUAGAACCCUUGAAAGAUGUAUCAAAGUCCGUAAGUGACAAGGAGAGACCGAGACUAAAGCGAAGAUCGGAAAGUGAGACCGAAACAUCUCCAGUCAAAAGAAUCCGCACCGAGAGAGAGAGAAGUGGCCAUGUGAAAGACGACGGUUUAACAGAUCACAACCUGCGAUCCAGAGAUAAGUCGAGAGACAGAUUGAAAAGCACCUCAAAACAAGAGGAGUUUCCUCCAUCGCCUGUGGUGCGUGCGCCAACACCUACUCCACGAGCUGCAGCCCUUGAAGCCAAGAAGUUACGGCAAAAACUUCAAUUAAAAGAACAAUCUGUGCAGGGACAGACUUUUGGGCGAAAAGGAGGAAAAACACCUGGUGCAGUAACCGUGAGAGGAGACGGCAUUCUAAACACAACAGUCACUUACUUUUUACCGUAUGGAAGCUAUAUUCAUGACCCUAACCCUGAGGAAGAAUGCCUUCAGGCCCAGGUUGAGAUUCCUCGGUGGGGAACACGCAUUCUGACUAGCCUUUAUGUCAUGGAAGGUACUGAAAAUCUUGAGGAUGAAAUAUUCAUUAAACGGCAUGCUAAACCUGAACAGGAUGAGAAAAGACGUAAAAGGUGGGAUUUGCAGAGAAUGAGAGAGCAGAGACAUUACGAACGGCUCCGUGAACGUUAUGAAAGUCGACAGAGUGCCAAUGAACCAACAGUAUCGGGCAGUGGGUCAUUGUGGCCUUGCCCUGAGUCAGCUAUGUACUUACAUGUAGAGGAUACUCUUCCGGUUUGUGCCUUUGGGCAGCCCCUAGCCCGAAUACCCCCUCAGGAAUUUACAAUUCCAUGGUUAACUGGACACGGACUUGAGGGAGUUUCAACAAGAAGAAGAAAGCGAUGAUAGAUAUAAUCUUAUUUUGAAAGGUAAAUAAUCUACACCCACCACAAACACACAUUAUUUGUGCUAGUGUUAUAGAUUUUUAGAUUCCUGUAGAAUUGUUAUAGACCAUAUUUUGUCUGGGUGCUAUGUGACAGAAAAUUUUACACCUAGUUUUAGCGACUGAAUGGUCAGUGGAUUGGGUCUUAAUUAUCUCGGCUGAUUCAAUUCUCAUAGUAAACUUCCACAUAUCCUUUUGUGUUUUGGAGGGGAGAGGGAGAUCAUUAUAUUUAUUGUUAAGCAGAAAGACUUGUGAAGAUGUCAUAAGUAGCUGUGAAUGUUUUCAUUUUGAUAAAACAAUAAAUGAAUACGUAUCUAAUACAAAGAAAUUCUUCUUUUAAAGAAGUUGUGACAUCACUUCCUCCUGCCUUAGUCCCUAAAUGGGAGUUGUAGACAUCAGUGGAUUUAUAGAAAAUAAUAUAGCAAUCACAGUUCUUCUGGCCCACUACUAUCAUAGUUCCUUAAUAUGGAUAGGUUUAUGUGAAUGUAUGCUAGUAGUGGCUAGAGAACCACACCCUGUCAUAAGAAUAUGUACAGACUUUAAUUGCUGUUUUUAGGAAAAGGAUUCCUGGAUAGUGCAGUGCACUGAGAGACUUGUGCAUCAUUCCAGGAAACUGAAACCUCUAAGUGCAUUUUGUACAGAACCUCUUUAUCUACUGUACAAAAAAAUUUGUCGACUCAUAUUGUGUCAUGUAAAGUUAUGCCUUUCCAACAAAGCUUUUGAAAGGGAAGCUGAUUUGGAGUGUAUAGUUCUUCCCAAGUAUUUUGACUAUUUUUCUGUGUACAGUAUAUUCAUCCUCUCUACAUGUUCAUUUAUGGAUUAUGAUAGUUAUUUUCUAUUGAGAAUUUAAAGUCAUUAUGUAAGAAUGUUCUGAUUAGCUGUGAAGUCAUUUUUCAGUUAUUCCAGAGUAAUUCGUGAUAUUUUUCUUUGAAAUACAGUUUAGUACUAAAUAUUCUUAUUAAAUGAGCUUUUUUUCCUUUCUCAAACAACUAAGUACGUAUUGUACAUAUUAAUACAUGUAUUCUGUGAUAACGAAUGACAAAAAGUUAUAUUGUAAAUGCAGUCAAUUGAUAUGCUAAGGGUUUUUUUUUUUCUACCCAUUACUGACAUUUUGUCAUAUUUAGUGCUAAAGUAUGAAAUACACCAAAGGGAAUAAAUAAUGUACAAGAAUUUUAAGUUGUUAAGUAUUAUUUUUAUGUCAGUAGCUCAUGUUAACCCAACUUACAGUAAGCUCUUAUCUCCAUGGCAAGGUACAUCAUUUUUUCGACUGGAUAUCUGCAAAUGUUCUACAGCUUCUUUCUAUGACAGUACAGUGUAUAAUUUAGAAAUUAAAUUUUAGUCAACCAUUGUUGUAUUUUAAAUGUUUACCAAUAAUGAAGUGCUCACUGCAGUCAUGUGUAGAAUAGCCAUAGCAGAUCAUAGUUCCAGGAGAUGAGCUUUUACUGUUGUGUGUGUAAUGUCCUUUAUUAACAGUGUCCUACUUGAUGAAUAAUCAUGUUUAGAGCUUCUCUAAGUUUCAUUGUAGUGGUUUAAUAAUUUGAAUCACUUUUCAGAAUGCCAGUGUGGGGUAUUCACAUUUCCACCCAAGAUGCUGUCUUGUACUAGUUUCUUUGUUGUUGAUGUUAGCCAAUUGAUUAAAUUGUCGAUUCUGUUGUAUCAAGUUUUUCGUUGAACUAUACUUUUUAAUAGUUGUAGGUGUAUGACACUGAUCAUUUCAGGAUUUUUUUUUUCUUUCCUCUGGCCCAAACAUUUUUCUAAAAUUUUUGUUCUCAGUUUUGUAUAUAUGUCAUGUCAAUAUUUUCUUGGAAAAAAAUGAGUUCUUAGUUAUGAUAGCCAUACUUUUAAAUAUUGUAUGAUGAUAAUAAAAUUAUAUUUCAUACAG